CUCCACUCGCGCUGUCGCCCGUGGCUCUUCCCGCCUUUCCUUCCCGCCCUCCUCCCGCAGCUCUCAUCGCCUUCCCGCCACCUCCUCCCCCCACCCCAUGGCGACGAGACGGAAAGCCAAGAGCGGCGGCGCUUCGGGCCCCGCGGAGUCGGGUGCGUCCCGGGGGUCUGCUCCGUGCGGCCGCCCUACGUGCACCACGGCGGUGGAUAUGUCCUCGUGCUCGGAUAUGGACGUGAGCCGCGAGACUCGAGCCGACAGCAAGAGAAGACUCCUCCGAGCCAAGGAGGCAGAAGCAGCAGCUGUCCCAUCUCCGGCCCCGAAGAAGUUUGCUCCCAGGAAGACGAUGGCCAGCGACCUCAUCAAGGACUCAAAACCUCACAAGACCUUGGACCCAUACGACGGUGACUCGGAGAACACCUCGAGCCAAUCCGACUGCCCUCUGUCGCCCAAGCGACGCAGCGUGCGGCUUGGCGCCAUGGAGACCCGCGUCCUGUCGCCACUGAGCACCGGCGGGGCCAAGGCACCGGCGGCGACCACCCCGAUGUCCCAGCGCGUGCGCCGCUCGUACACCCGCCUUCGCCCGGAGCCCGAGUCCCCGUCGCGCCGGGCCUCGCACACGUCUACCCCCACCGAGGGCUUCGUGUCCCAGCGGCCCUCCCUCUUCGGCUUCGAGAGCCUCCUGACCUCGGCGCCCCUGGAGGACGUGUCCCCCUUGCGGUUGGUGCCCCAGGAGACCUUGCAGCAUCUCUCCGCCGCGCUGGACCAGACCUCGUUGGAGCAGGCCUCGCCCGGCAAGCGCAAGCAGUGUUUGCCAGGCAUCGAGCUCGGCGACGAUAAGGCACGGCGGAAACGGUGCAAGAUCGUCAAAAUUGGGGUGCGGGAGUUUGAGAAGCUGGCGGCACAGAUGAAUGCCGAGUUCGAUGAAGCAGAGAAGUUUGAACUCAUUAUGGAAUAACUAACGAUGUUGCACGCUUCAAAACCAAACUGCGUGCGCCUCGGCCUGUAUGUAUAAAGAAUACUCUUCACCUCAACGUGUUGCCAUUUUCUGGUAUUUUGUUACGAACCUCCGGUUGCCUCUUUUGUAUUUAAAUUUUCUCAGCUCGCGUAGCUCCUUGGUAAAGCUGCUCAGCACCCUUGCUUGAACUGUGACGUAGUCGUCUGUAGCGUGUACCGUCCACGCGUUGGCGUAUCGCCACCUGUCAAUAAAACUCCCUUUUGACUCAC